AUGAAGAAAAAUUCGAGCUGUGGCGGAGAGCUCAAGUCUCUAGUAGACCGGGUAUGGCUUACUGUGAACGAGUACCGAGAAGAGAAUCCUGCCAUCACAGAUGAUGAAGUUCGGCUAAAGAUUACCGACUCCGACCUCGUACUACACGAUAUAGCUGUAGUGACGAACAACUGUAUGCACCAGAUGAUAGCCGAGUCCAAUCAAGCAACCGCUUACAAGACGCGUGAGGUUUUGCGCAAGACCUUUGGAGUUAUUAUGAACGACCUUAUAAAGAAAAAGCGUACAGAGUGGUCGAUCUUGCCUUCACCGCUGCCGCUGUAA